AUUUGUUCCUCCACUCCACUAGUUGACUAAAGUCAUCAUGAGCAUCAAGCUAAGUCACAGAUCUUCAUCUGGAUCCCUUAGAGGACUAGGAAGUGGAAGCUGUAAUGUCAAUCGCAUGUCCUCAGUACGCUCAAGUGGAUCUUUCCGGGCUCCCAGUGUUCAUGGUGGCUUUGGUAGCAGAGUCUAUGGAGCUGGUGGUGCUGGAUGUGGAUCUGCUGGAAGCAUUAGCUUAGGUCUAGGGGGAGCUGGAGGCUAUGGCUCUGGCUCUGGCUCUGGCUUUGGAUUUGGAAGUGGAGGUGCUGGAGGCUAUGGAUCUGGAUUUGGCUUUGGUGGAGGGUCUUUUGCUUCUGGUGGCGAUAACAUGCUUAACAUGAAUGAGAAGGAAACCAUGCAAAUUUUGAAUGACAGACUAGCUAGCUACCUGGAAAAAGUCCGCUCCCUAGAGGAAGAAAAUUCCCAGAUUGAAAGAAAAAUCCGAGAGUGGUAUGACAAGCAAGUUCCAUACACAUCUCCUGAUUUCAAUCCCUAUUUCAAGAACAUUGAGGAUGUCCAAAACAAGAUCAUGCAAGGAAAUGCAACAAAUGCCUCUAUCUUACUCCAGAUUGAUAAUGCUCGUCUGGCAGCUGAUGACUUCAGAACCAAGUAUGACAAUGAGGCUGCUCUCCGCCAGGGAGUAGAAGCUGACAUCAAUGGCCUCCGCCGUGUGCAGGAUGAACUUUCACUGAACAAGAAAGACCUGGAAAUGCAAUACCAGAACCUAAAUGAGGAGUUGACAUACCUAAAGAAAAACCACCAAGAGGAGGUGAGCAGCUUGCGUUCUCAGUUGGGUCAGAAGGUCAACGUUGAAGUGGAUGCUGCACCAUCCGUGGACCUAAACAAAGUGUUAACUGAACUGAGAUCUCAGUAUGAAAAUAUAAUGGAACAAAAUGCAAAGGAAGCAGAGAAGUGGUUCGUCGACAAGAGUGAAGAACUGAGCCAUCAGAUGACAAGCAGUUCCCAACAGCUACAGACCCACAGUACAGAAAUCCUUCAACUCAAGCAUACAUUCCAAAAUCUGGAGAUAGACCUUCAGACCCAAAACAGUAUGAAAGCUGCGUUGGAGAACAGUUUGCAUGAGACAGAAAGCCGUUACGGUGCCCAACUCGCUCAACUUCAGGAAAUGAUCAAUGAUGUAGAGAUGAAAUUAGCAGAGCUCAGAUGUGAUUUGGAAAGACAGAACUUCGAGUACAAAAAUCUCCUGGAUGUGAAGACCUAUCUAGAAAGGGAGAUAGCCACAUAUAGGCAACUGAUGGAUGGAGAGGACUCUCAACGAGGAAGUGGAUGGAGUUCAAGGGGCAUGAGUAGCUAUGGAGGUUCUGGCACCGCAGGCAGCAUGGGCAACGUGGGCAGCAUGAGCGGCUCUGGAGGUUCCAGUGGCAUGAGCCAUUCCAGCGGUGGAAAAUCAAGAGUCAUAGUGGAAGAUGUCAGAGAGGGAUACUCUCAAGCUAAAAGAGAAUAAAACCUGUUAUUGAAUCCUGGCCAUAUACACUUGAAGGCUUCCAUAUUUUUCAUCCCCCUUUCUCUGCCACGGAUGCUGUAUAUUGGAAAGAAUAGACUGUCAUGUAUACCAAUUGUAAUAAAGUAAAGUGGAGGGCUUACCUUCAGCAACCAAUCAUAUUUCACCUGCCAUUCUUCUAGUUCAAGCGAGCAUAUAAAAGCUAAAAUCUGUUUGGUUAAUGAAGAGAACACCUCCUUUUUCCAUACAUUCAAUUUUUAUACAUGAAGCUCUUUUUUUAUAUGGAAAAAGCACCCUUAUGCUUAUUAUAUCCCAGAUAGCAAGGAUAACUUGAAUUGUAAGUCUUGCUGCACAUUUUCACUGGCAAGUUGUACCCUUGCAGAGCACUUGAAGCACAAGCUAUAGUUGACACUUUUCCAAAUUUAGCCACAGUGACCCCUGUGGUGGGAGGACUAUUGCGCAACAAAACUGAACCAGAAUUUGCAGCAGACUUGCAGAAUGUUUGCAAAGAAAGUUGAUCUGGAGUCAUGCAAUGUGGACUUUCUGCAAUUUUGCCUGGCAAAGUCUAACAAUAGCUUAGCAAGUUAUUUUCAAACCUGCAGCUCAAUUGCUUGCUAUCUGAGAUGUCACUGGCUAAUGGUGGUGCUUUUAGUCUU